AACAAUUCGUAUGCACGAUGUCAAUUUUUGAAAGCAAAUAUCGAAAUCUCUCGUGUGGAAUACCCACAAACCCAUCUCACAGCCCCCAUGCCGCUCGUCACGCUGCUCGCCCACCUCGCAGCCGGCCGCUUCGGCCGCGUGGUGGACCUCACGGCCGGCGGCGCGUCCACCGCGGCAGCCGCGCACCGCGCCCUGCACCUCCUCCUCCGCACCGCGCCGCUGCCCCCUCUCCCGCACCUCGUCUCCCUUGCGCGGUGGUCGCGCGCCCACUUCCACGCGCCGCUCCCGCUCCCGCUCCACGCCCUCCUCCUCGCCCGCCUCGCCGGCGGCGGCCACUACCCGCUCCUCCGCUCCGAGAUCCACGCCCUCGUGGCCGCGCGCCUCCACUCCCCGGCCUCCAUCCUCCGCGCCCUCCCCGCCCCGUCCCCGUCCCCGUCCCCGUCCGCGCCGCUCAUCACCGACAUGCUCGUCCUCGCGCUCGCCCGGGACUCCCAGCCGCUGCUCGCGUACGAGGCAUUCCUCCUCGCGGGCGCCGACUACCCGCGCCACCGCCCCUCGGCCCACUCUGUUAACGCCCUGCUGGCCGCCCUCGUCCGCGCCGACCGGGUCAACCUCGCCGAGAGGGCCUUCAGGGAAGCACUGCGGCGGCGCGUGUCGCCGGACCUGUUCACCUUCAACAUAGUUAUCUCCGGGCUCUGCAAGAUUGGUCAGCUCCGCAAGGCCGGCGACGUUGCCAAGGACAUCAGGGCGUGGGGGCUGCCCCCCUCGGUGGUCACCUACAACACUCUCAUCGACGGGUACUUCAAGUCCCGCCUAGCGGGGAAGAUGUACCAUGUCGAUGUGCUGUUGAAAGAGAUGAUUGAUGCUGGCCUUUCUCCGAAUGUGAUCACAUUCAAUGUGCUGAUUAAUGGGUAUUGUAAGGAAUCCAACAUUACAGCUGCAGUGAAGGUCUUUGAGGAGAUGAAGCGGCAGGGCAUUGCUGUGGAUGUGGUGACAUACAAUUCACUUGUUUCUGGGCUCUGCAGUGAGGGGAAGGUGGAGGAAGGCGUGAAGCUGGUGAAAGAGAUGGAGGACUUGGGGUUGGCAUGCACUGUGUCUACCCUGAACUCUGUGCUGAAUGGGUUUUGCAAGAACGGCAUGAUGGUGGAAGCUGAAGACUGGAUUGAUGGUAUGGCACAGAAUGGCAUAAAACCCAAUGUGGUUACUUACAAUACCUUGGUCAAUGGAUACCGCCGUCUUGGAAAGAUGGAGGAGGCGGUGGCGGUGAAGGAGGCAAUGGCAGGAAAAGGGAUUAGUCCAAAUGUUAACACCUAUAACUGCUUGUUAGCAGGGAUUACCAGUAGUUCGGAUAGGAGGAGUGUUUCAGGCCUUCUCAAUGAGAUGAAGGACAAGGGUGUGAGAGCAGAUGUUGUAACUUAUAAUGUGCUUAUUGGCGCGCUUUGUUGCAAAGGUGAGGUCUGGAAUGCAGUAAAGCUCUUGGAUGAGAUGUUUGUGGUUGGUUUGGAGCCGAAACAUUUGACCUACAAUACCAUUAUAAAUGGGUUUUGUGAGAAGGGGGACAUUAAAGCUGCCCAUGAAAUUAAAAAUAGGAUGAACAAAUGUAAGAAACGGGCGAAUGUGGCCACAUACAAUGUGUUUCUCAAGUACUUUUGCAAGAUGGGGAAGAUGGAGGAGGCUAAUGAGCUCCUGAAUGAAAUGUUGGAGAAAGGGCGAGUUCCAAAUGGGAUGACUUAUGAGAUAAUAAAUGUGGGCAUGGUAGAAAAAGGUUUUGUUCCUGAUAUAAGAGGAUAUGCAGCAGAUAUUUCUAAGACCUUGACAUCUUCCUGAAAGGAAUCAUAUAUGGACGGAUGGACCACCUGUGCAACUCCUAUGCGAUGUACAAUACGUGACGUCGUUGCUUGACACAUAUACCAUGAUGCUAGCAGCCCAAAAGUUUCAUCAGUGAAGAACACUUUGCUUGCCCCUUUCUGUUUACUGUUACAAUGUGGGUUGCUCUAUGGCAAUCUCAUGAGAAAAUGGGGUACUGGAGUGCUUUGCAGUUAUCAUCAUCAAAACUCAACUCCUGUGGUUGCUUUGAUCAGAUGUCACGUGAUUCAGCGUUCAAGGCAAUAAUCUUCACGAGAAAUGGAGCUUUUGGCAAUUCCUUUGAGAAAGCUGCCACUGGUAUGUCAGUACUCCCUCCGUUCCAAAUUACUAUUCGUUUUGGCUUUUCUUGGUACGUAGCUUUUGCUACGUAUUAGAUAUAAUAUAUAUUUAGAUGCAUAGCAAAAGCUAUGUAUUUAGAAAAGCCAAAAUAAAUAGUAAUUUGGGAUGGAGGGAGUAUCUAUCUUGAAAGUAGAUCCAUCCCAGCAGCACGACACCUUAUGACUUUGAUGUUUGGUCUAGUAAACAGGCCCUUUGUACAAUCCUGGCUUAUGUCUUUGACUAUUUGUGCUAUUGUUGUCAGACUGAGAGAUGUUAUCGGCGAACAAUUGAAGGGAGAAGACGACUAGAAAGGUUUUUGGUGCAAUUUUAUUUUUAGUGCCAAGUUGUCCUUUUGUAUUGGCUGCUGUUUUCCUCGAUAAACAUCAGAUAUAGGACACUAUUUGGGUGUCUUUCUAGGGCACCCGAUGCUAUCUGUGUAUCUCUUUUGGCAUAAACUAUGUUUUUAAUUUCGCAUCGUCUUGUCCUACAUCAUGAGUUUCAAAUUUGAA